AUGGCUCCAAGUCUUCGCCCUUUACCCGCCAACCCCCCGAGACACUCGAGUCGUCCGCUGCGCUUGACCAGUGCUCGAGUGAAGACUUACCGUGAAGACAGCUCAGACUCGGAUGAGGUUUACGGCUCAGAUGGCUCCCCCGCAGCCGUUCGCCGCCGGCCGUUGAUAUACCCUGAGCUCCGCCCUUCUGAAGAACCUCAGCCCGAACAAACCUCGCCGCAGAGCAGCAAACCGCUGGCCGCACGCAUAACAAGGUCGUCCUCGAACCGCAAGAAGCGAGCUCUCUUCGUUCAAGCUUCUCGCAAGGCCCUUACGACCUCCCCCAAACAGCUCAAGCCGGAAGGCGACGCUGACCUUGAGAUGAUACCGCUUAUUGACUCAGGCAACAUCCCUCCAUGGCAGACCCUUCCUUAUCAUGUUCUCUUCGGUAUCUUCCUGGGUGCCGCGCCCAUGGGGGAGGGGACUAAUACCGCCGAGACAUGGAAAUCGGUAAGGUGGCUACUGGCAGUUAGUCGACUUUGUAGAUCCUUUUUCGAGCCGGCCGUUGCGGCGCUGUAUUAUUCUCCGCCCACGUUCUCCCUUGCUCGGCUGGAAGGCAUGGGAGCAUUGUUGACCUUGGAUCAAAGCAAGCUGGCGACCAACUAUCGCAACAAGGUAAAGUGUCUGGAUGUCCAUGGCGAUACAAGCAAUGUGGACGGCCCAUCCCUACGUAGGCUUCUAUAUGUUACGCCGCAGCUGAAGCAUCUCCGAAUCCGCGAUCCCAGCGAUACCCCUAGGAAGCUGUCGAAGCCGUUUCUGUUCUCGUUUCUGGAGAACUGGUUUGACUGGAUGCCAGCAGAACACAUCCAGCUUCAUAGCUGGGAAUGGAGUGCUAGAGUGCAGUUGUCGAGAUUGAAAGACUUUCAUCUCCAUCCCAUGUUCCAGCUGCUCAGGGCGCUGCGAUUUUAUAAACUCUGGCCGUAUGAGCCACCGGAGACACAGCGGUCUCUGGACGGCGAAAGGCAGCCAUCUCCGGCUCAACAUCUAGCCUCAUCGCUUGCAGCUCUCCCAAACCUUUCCGUAUUGGAGUUUAGCAAAUGCGUGCUACCCGUUGAUUUUCUUUUCAUGUUGCCGGUCGACUUGAGGGUGCUAUCUCUAGACCAAUGCGAAGGCGUGGACUCGGAGAGCCUGGCGAGUUUCUUGCUCGAGCAUGGGCGGAAGCUGGAGGUUCUCAACCUGGCUCACAAUAAGGAGAUUGACAUGUCCUUCACUGUGGGACUGCGAGCAUCCUGCCCUCUCCUGCGCGUUUUCAGGAUGGAUCUAAAUUUUAGCUCUGGCUACACGCUUGCUCAUGAUGUCGAACCGCACUUUGAGCUCCUCCUUCACCCCGGCCAAGUGCCGACCUGGCCGACUAACCUGGAAACUCUCGAGCUCGAGCGUCUGCGUAAAUGGGACAUCACCACCGCAGAAGCCGUGUUCAAGUCGCUGAUAGAAGCCGCUCCGCGUCUGAAAUAUCUACGCACGCUCACCCUUACCGCGAUUCUGAAGACUGACUGGCGGGAUCGUGCUCAGUUCCGAGAGGAGUGGGUUCGAACUCUGGAGCGAACGUUUCUGAGAAGGUCUGCGCUUCCGAGCAGUGUUUCUAACGGGAGCUCGAAGCCGCCAGUGCAGGAGCGUACGCCGUCACCUAGAGCAGCGGCGUCGGACUCUUCUCGUCUUGCCCAAGAUGGCGCCACGGAAGACAAGGUGCCGAAGAGAAAGAGUCGACGUCUGGCGGAGCGCAGGUCGCCCAAGGACAGUGACGAUAGCGAACGGUCCAGCGAUCACGGAACGCCGUCAGGCUAUUUAUCGAGCCGAAACACGAUGGCCUCUCCAACCCGGGAGCAGCAACAUCCUGGCGCCACCGAGCAAGGCAUGUGCAACGUGGUCAAGAUCCGGAUCGACAACCUGCGGCCUGCAGACACUAUCCUGCCAGCAGAGAACCUCAGCGACCAUGAAAUCAGCGGAGACGACGACUGGGAUGGAGACGACUUUGACAUUAACGACGCAUGGUGA